UUAGUUGCUGUUGUCUACAGUCCACCUAGUGACAACAGUGCAAUCAUCGAGUUCUUGAACACCUAUACUUUACUAAAGCUGGAUGAAUUUGGUGCCCAGUCUGUGGUACUGCUUGGUGAUUUCAAUAUCUACCACACAGAUUGGCUACUGGAAGCCACACUCUAGAAAUGGCCAACUCCUUUGGACUACAGCAGAUCGUCACUGAGCCUACUAGAGAUGACCAGAUCCUCGAAUCGGUGAUUACUGACCUAGUUUCCACAGCUACGACAUUUGCCAAACUUGGAACAUCGGAUUAUAAUCCAGUUCUAGUGAAACUUCAAGUACCCAUCUACAGAGAUAGGCCCUACAGAAGGAGGGUCUGGCGCUAUGACAAAGCGGACUACUGGGAUAUGAGAGGCUACAUCUCCUCAGCGGAUUGGCCCAGUGUCUUCCGACGCAACUGA